AAUGCGGAACACAACAGCUGUGGCAGUGGAAACAGUUACACUGACUGCAAACUGAAUUAGCUGAAUUAGCUUCUCCACUACGGACUUUUAACAAGCUUGUCUCGUAUUUAAUCGCGAUUUAAACAUGUUUAUCGCCGACAUAAAGAAGGAUUUUUAUGACGUUGUUGUCAACCAGAGAGUCGUCCUCCUGGUUGCAGCAGACAUCGAUGCUCUCUGCGCCUGUAAGAUACUUCAGGCGCUGUUUCACUGUGAUCAGAUCCAGUACACUCUGGUACCGGUUUCGGGCUGGCAGGACCUCAGCACCGCCUUCUUGGAGCACAAAGAACAGUUUCGGUAUUUUGUUCUGAUAAACUGCGGCGCCAACGUCGACCUGCUGGAGAUGCUGCAGCCGGACAGUGACUCCAUCUUCUUCAUCUGCGACACGCACCGACCCGUUGAUGUCAUUAAUGUCUACAACGACACCCAGAUCAAGCUGCUCAUCAAAGAGGACGAUGACCUCGGCGUGCCGACGUACGAUGACAUCUUCAGGGACGAAGACGAGGAUGAGGAGGGCGAAGACUCCGGGAACGAGAGCGAUGAAGGCUCGGAGCCGUCGGGCAAACGGAGGAGAUUUGAUGAAGGCGCCAUCGAGAGGCGGAUCGAAAGGCAGAGAGCAAAGAGGCAGUGGGAGGCCAGAAGGAGGGAGAUCCUGUUCGACUAUGAGCAGUAUGAAUACCACGGCACCUCUGCGGCCAUGAUGUUUUUUGAGCUCGCCUGGGUCCUGACUAAAGACACAAAGGACAUGCUGUGGUGGGCCAUCAUCGGCCUGACAGACCAGUGGGUUCAUGAUAAAAUCCCCCACAUGAAGUACGUGUCGGACAUCGCGACGGUUCAGCGCCACGUUUCCCGACACAACCACCGAAACGAGGAUGAGGAAAACUCUCUGUCCAUCGACUGCAUGAGGAUCUCCUUUCAAUACGACCUUCGUCUGGCGUUGUACCAACACUGGUCUCUAUAUGAGAGCAUCUGCAACUCCUACUACACAGCAUGCAACUUCAAGCUUUGGACCCUAAAAGGACAAAAGAAACUCCAGGAGUUCUUGGCUGACAUGGGGCUACCACUGAGACAAGUUAAACAAAAAUUUAAGUCAAUGGACAUUACGAUUAAAGAGAACCUCAGGGACGUCAUUGAGGAGUCGUCUAAUAAAUACGGAAUGAAGGACAUUCGCAUUCAGACGUUUGGCGUCCACUUCGGGUUUAAGAACAGCUUCCUGGCCAGCGACAUGGUGCACGCCGCCGCCGCCUUGCUGGAGAGCACGGAGCGGGACGAGAACGACCCCACCGACAACUUCAUCAAAGCACUUGAUGCCCUCUCACGGAGCAACCUUGAUCGCCUCCUAUCAGGCAUCGACCUGGCGAAGAAGAAGCUGAUCGCCAUCCAGCAGACUGUCGCUAGCUGCAUCUGCACCAACAUCAUCCUGUCGCAGGGACCCUUCCUCUACUGCUACCUCAUGGAGGGAACACCUGAUGUGAAGCUCUUCUCCAAACCACUGGCGCUAACUCUACUCUGCAAAUACCUGCUGACGGCGUUCGUCCACUCAACGAGGAACAAACGCUGCAAGCUGCUUCCUCUCAUCAUGGCUGCUCCUAAAGACGUGGAGAAGGGAACCGUCAUUGUUGUGGGAAUCCCUCCAGAGUCAGAGACGUCAGACAAGAAGAAUUUCUUUGGUCGGGCCUUUGAAAAAGCUGCAGAGAGCACCAGCUCCAGAACCCUUCAUGAUCACUUUGACACGUCGAUAAUCGAACUGAAGUCGGAGGAUCGGAGCAAGUUCCUGGACGCCCUCAUCACUCUGCUGUCAUAAAAACCCUGACAGCCGUAGAAGCUUUUCAGACCAGGUCCGCAUUCCUCCAGGGUUUACUCUGGAGGAAUAAUCUGGUCUGGCCAGACUCUUAAAGUAUCACCAGCACAAAAACUUUAAGCAUUGUUUUAUUGGUUUUAAUUGGUUUUAUGUGUAUAUUGUACAGGUCUCUUAUCCAUGUUUUGAACUUUAACAUUUGUUUUAAAUCUCUUGCUUUUUUAAUCCAAGAUGUGGUGCAUAUUACAUUACAUUAUAGACAUGUUUAAUAAAUCAUUUAAACUCA